CAACAGGUCGGUUUCACAACUGUAAACGGGGCUUCAUCUCUAUCAGUACCACCCGUGACCACAGAUCUUUCUUUAGGGGGACUAUCACAGAAAAACAUCAUACAUAUUCAGCCAGAGUCGGAGGUAAAUCAUUUGACAGUUUUAUCGCGCCUUCUCUUUUUGGUCAAUCACCGUAAAAGAAACACUUUUUUUCUGCGUUUCAUACGCAUCUUUGACUGACGAGAGACCGUUUAUGUUUGGGAAAACACCGGUAAGUUAACGUGAUUGUCUCGGUCGACGCAAACAAGUAGCAGAGUCGUCCACAGUCGUAGGCUCAGCUGCGUUUAUACACCGCUUACAUUGUGGACAAGUGUGGCCUGAGAAGUCUUCACCUACAAGACAAACAUUUCAACUAUGGAGUUGAGUUCAGCGAUUUUAACGACUGGAAGCUCCGUCGGGUUUUUCAGACUUGUCAACGCUGGGGUCACAAAACUCCCCAUGCCUGAAUCUGCCUGCAGGAAUGCAUGGAAAUGGAGAAAUAUCUCAACAUCCUGUGUGCACAGUCUUAUCACUGCGAUAUGGGCCGUGCUUUGCUUUUUCCUUCACCCACAGAUGGCUGAAGAUUUGAUAGAAACUCACUCUGUGUUUUCUCAUGCUUUGGUGUCGUUUUCAAUAGGUUACUUCAUCUAUGACUUCUUUGACAUGGUGCUGAACCAGAAGCUGAGUCAGUCCUGGGAGCUCCUCUUUCAUCACAUCGUGGUGAUCACCUGUUUUGGCCUCUCUGUGCUGUCAUGCUGCUAUGUGGGCUUUGCCGUGGUGGCCCUGUUGGUGGAGAUAAACUCUGUGUUCCUCCACCUCAGGCAGAUCUUACGUAUGGCCAACAUUGCUACAGGUACGCUGUACCGGGUCAACAGCAUGAUCAACCUGGGCACAUACGUGGUGUUCCGCAUCAACACACUGGCCUGGAUGACCCGCUGGCUGGUGCUCAACAGGGACAAAGUGCCCCUCCUAGCUUACACGUUGGGCAGCGUGGGUAUGGCCAUCAUGACAGCCAUGAAUAUCGUCCUCUUUUAUCGGCUGCUCAGGAGCGACUUUUUGAAGAGCAGCACCCGGGAGACCAAGAAAGAGAAGGAGAUGUAGAGGAAAGGGGAGGAAGAGACACAUGAAGGAUUAGAUUCAUAAACACACUCAUUGCUGUACAUUAACACUCUGUGGCUGAGAUUUGGCACCGUUUUGCCUGUGUGUAAGUAUACUCAUAGCUGGGAGACGGAGGGAUCUUUCUAUCUCUUAUACUGUACAGGUACGUCCACACAAGGUGUAAUCAGUGGGCCUAAUUCCAAACACAGAUCACAUAGAGCCAUUGUGCUGAAAGCUACAUUUGCCUAUCAGUUGUAGUUUUGACAAUUUUGUCUUCAGUGCUUCUGUGUUCCAGUCAUCCUUAACUGCCAUGAGUGGCUCACUAAUGGUAGAUGGAGGAUUCUUCAUAUGAACAAUAUAAGGCCUUGUAAAACAACACCAAAAGCCUUAUUGUCCCACAGGGUGUUUCAGCUAAAUCUUUUCUAAAAUGUAGCUUAUGGUAAAUGAAUACGCACUGUUUGUAAAACAAACCCUCCAACACCCAUGUAUACAUGUAUACACUAUAUUGUAUAUAAUAUACAUCUAUGCUGUUGUGGGUUAUUUAAAAAUCUCACAUAAAGUUUAUUUACCACUGAGUAAAAAAUAAGUAAACCCUUCUUUUGUGUAACACUAAUACUACAGAGGUGACUAUGUCUCUUUUUUUUCCCACCAAAUGUCCUCAACUAGAAACCACCUGCUUCCUCAGAAAGCUUGUAACACUUUUUUUGCCUCUUUAUAAAACAAGCUUUACUGUCAGUGUUUGGCAGGUUGUUUGUUAUUAGAGAAGAAAAACAUUAGGAAAAAUGUCAGAAGAAGAACAAUUUUGUCUAUAGAAUAAGGAAAUCCAGCAAAUACCAAUCCUCUCUUGAGGAAAGAAGAGGGUACUCAGAUGAUGAAUAAAUACUAAAUACUUUGAAGUGGCAUUUAAAUGAAACAAAGCAGAUUUUACUUUGUUGACACAAUGCUAAUCUGCAUGAUAUUUAACAGCUUAACAAUCGCAGCCGCUUUAUGCUCUGUCAAGUCAUAUUAAAACAUCUUGGGAAAAGCAUUAUACAGAAUAACCCUGAAUUAUUAAAACCCUGAAAAUUAAAACAGCCUGUGCCCCUCAGAUCUGAUUGCCUGUCCACCAACCAAGAUGUUUCGUUAGUAGAUCUUGGCGGGACUAGAUCGUGUAGAUUAUGAUUUGAUUGGCACCUGGAUAAAUUACAAUGGUGAAAGGGAGAAAGGAUGCCACCUGAACUCCCAGCAGCCAUUACCAAUGACAUCAGUGUCCGUCACUGGUCUUUGUCAGAGGUUGUCUUGACAGCUCACACUGGCUGCUGCUUUUGUGAGUACAAUUGAAAUCUGUAAAAUGACAGGAAACAAAACAAGCCAAAUCACAGUAGAUAGUGCUGUAUUACCACCUGAAAUGAAUAUUUCCAUGAUUUGUAUGCAUCUUUAUAGUGUCCCAUGAUUGUGUACAUGCUGCAGUAGGAGCUUUCAGACAGGCAGGAAUUGUUAUUCUUCAUUUGGCCUAUGGAGGACAGCAAACUCCUUUACAUCACCUCAGUGACCUCGACCCAGCCAAGACCACCAGAGAUGUCUUUAUUUUGUAACGUCUUUGUAGAUCUGUGUCAUUUUGACUUUUUAAUUAGACGUUGUCAAUUGUUAUUCACGUGGCUGCUACACAGCUGUCUACUCUUCCAACUCGCAUCAUAACAUCACAGUCCUUUUCAUGGCCUGCCAUGCCGUUCAUAUUGUGUGUUAAUGCUUUUUUUUUGUGUAUAUUCAUUGUCUGACGGGUUAAAUUGUGUAUAUUGUAAUUUAUUUGUACUUAAAAUAAGGUGUGGAUUAAAGAUGGAAUGAACACAGUGUUCAGUGAAUUCCCCUGUUGUGAAAAACCUUUGAUUAUAGUGAAGUUGAUUGUGUAAGUCAUGUUGUUGUGGGGCAUUUUGCCACCCAGUGUCUGAACUUGAAACUGUUUAGGCUGAUGCCCUAAAACCAACCAUAUAACAAACACAGCUCCAUGUUCAGUGACAUUGCAACAGACUUAUUUGCAGUUCAAAAGAAAAUCAGACCCAAAUUUUAUAUUUAGAAUCAGCUGUAAACACUGAGAUGGCAGUUUAUUAGGAGCACCUAGCUAAAUCCUACCUUCAUGAAGGUUAUAAUGUUCAGUUUGUAUUGAAAUUGUUUAAGAGAGGGGCUGAUUCAACUUGAUGAUAAUUUUGGAGGAUGAUGACCUGUGUUUCCAUUAUUUUGUCAAGGCAGAUUUAUAUUAAUGAGUAUAGGCUAAAUAACAGAAACCUCUCUGAAUAAUGCAAUAAAACAGUAGCUCAAACAUCCUGCAAAAUUGUCACAUUUGAAUCAACAUCUCUUUAAUACUAUUAAAAAGUGAACAUUAUAAGCGUCAUGAAGGUAGGUGUUUUUUGCUGAACUGCUGUAUUAGACUGCAUUAGUUUCAGCUAGGUGUAGCUAAUCAACUGCCAGAUGGGUGUAUUUGUAGCUGAUUGAGUGACACAAACAAAGUCGACAAAUUUAUCCCUAUCCACGUUUAAAUCAAGACAUCACUGCACUAAACAAACAGCACUGUUUGGGAGGAGGGCAGUAGAUUUUGAAUUACUGUUGCUGAUUUCCAGUUACCUUUUUUAAAGAUCAGGAGUAUCUCCCUUUUGAGUUUUUAUUGUGAAUGUAGAUUUGCAUUUUUUUUCAAUUCUUCAAAUUUUUAGGGCAGCUUUGUGGUUGUAGUGAAGACAACUUGUGACAAUUGAAGUUCUUUCUAACAAACAAGCUUAUGUUUGUGAAUGUUUUGUAUGAGGCUGUAAUGUUUUUGGGAUUAUACAUGUAUGAUACCAGAUUUGUUCAUUUAUGUUGCUCUGUGCUUUUAGGAAUUGUGAUCAAGCAUAGCAGCCAAGUCAAGAUGCUUCCUCAUAUGAAUGUUGUAAUGACGAUGAUGGACCUUUGUCCAAAAACAUGCUACUGUACUGCUCCCUUCACUCUAAUUCCCAGUCUUUUCGCUACCUGUAUGGCUCGCAUCACAAAACCUGAGUGUCCAAAGGCCACAGGAUGAUGCUAUGGCUUUAUAUGUUUGUGGGUAAUGGACACAAGGAAAAUUAUGUCAAGAUGUAAUUGCAGAGAAAGUGGCAGCACUUAUGAACUUGUAUUGCCAUAUAGCCUCAUACUCCUCAUCAUACAUGAUAAAUAUGAUGGUUGACUGCAUUGGUCUUCAUAAUUUUUUUUAUUAGUUCCAUUACCAGAGAAUAAGAAAAGCACCAUUUCCUUAUCACAAUCAACAAGUAAGACCAGUUUUAUUUCCUUGUUUGUUUAUUUAUAGACUUCUCUUUGUCUGGUGACUGGUGAAAUAUUGGACAUUGUUAACAGUUCAAAAAUUGAAAUUCCUAACACUAGUAUUGACACUCUGCAGAUUGUCAAUGACUGAUAAACCCUGCAUGAAGGGGAAAAACCUGGAAUAGUGAAACAACCAAGACUAACUGAGGUUCUGAAAACAAAAUCAUCUGCUGUCUCGGAGCAUCAAACUGUCAUGUUUCACAGAAUUUUGUCUUUAAGUGUAAAUAUAACAAUUUUAUUUUUUCAUGUUUUGGCAGAGAUUGUUUUGUUAUUAAACCUACCAUUUAUAUGUUUAUAUAAUAACAAUAUUUGUUUAACGUGAAAAUAAAGA